AUGCAGUUCUUCAUGAAAUGUCUCGCUCUUCUUCCUCUUUUAACUGUUGCGGUUUCUGGUGCAUCCAAGUUCGCCGACACUUGCCAGAAUAUUGAGGGAAGGGGAACCCAAAUUCGCGCGGACUGCCGUGAAAAUGAGCAUGGUCAAUACCGAACCAGUACACUCGACCUAAACCGUUGUCUCAAGAACAAUAAGGGGAACCUCAAGUGUGGAAAGAAUGGUGACUUUACCGCCUCUUGCAUCAACUGCAGUCUUCGAGGGCACACUGAACUGGAAUGCAUGUGCCGCAAUGUUAAGGAGGGACACCCAUACGCUUCGGCCCACAUUGAUUUGAACAAAUGCAUCAGCAACAACCACGGCGAACUCGGCUGCUAG